CUCCCCUCCCUUUUAACCAAACCAAACGGGCAUCGGGGUCUCCACCCCUCCUCGAGAGCAGGCGAGCCUUCCCCUUGGAGCAGAAGGGAACUGGUCGAUGAUGUGAGCCAAAUCCCCGCAGCCUUAAUUUCAAUUGCUUGUGUGUGGGGGGGGGAGGUUGUGGUUUGUUGGGUGUGUGUGUGUGUGUUUUGCUCCCCUCCCGCCUCCCAUUGCCUCGUCUUCCUCCGGGGUCCUAGAGCUCUCCCUUCUCCCCCCCCCCUCCAAUGGAACUGCAGAGAAAAGGGAAAGCUAAUAGACAAAGGAAAGAACAGGCUGUGUCCUCUCCAAAGAUGGCUGAGGCUGGGGAUGAAGAGGCGGAUAUAGAGGUGAAGCUAGAGGAGGAGGAGGAGGAGGAAGAGGAGGAGGAGGAAGAAGACCCCGGCUACAUUCAAUCUGGCAGGCGAUAUAAGUGUCUGACUUGCAGCAAGACCUUCCCGAGUGUGCCCCGAGUGUUGCGCCACCUGAAGUCCCACGUGGCCAUCCCGGGCGAUGAUUCGGCUAGCAAGCUCGCUUGCCCGAGCUGCCGGAAGGAGUUUCCAGAUCGCGCUCAGCUCCGCAAACAUCAACUCAGCCACCAGACGGAGCGCCCGUUCCAGUGCCAACUGUGUGCCAAGGCCUAUAAAACAGCACCCGAGCUGCGCAACCACGGCCGCAGCCACAGCGGAGAGAAACCAUUUGUGUGCCAUGAGUGCGGGAAGGCAUUCAUGCAGCCGGUCUGCCUCCGGGUCCACAUGGCCCGGCACACGGGAGACCUGCCUUUCCGUUGUCAGCAGUGCCACAAAGGCUACAGCACCCUCUCCAAGCUGAAGAUCCACCAGCGCUCCCACACGGGGGAGAAGCCCUAUUCCUGCGGGGAAUGCAACAAGCGGUUUGCCGACCCCUCAGUGUUCCGGAAGCAUCGCCGCACCCAUGCCGGCCUGCGCCCUUACCAGUGUGAGGUGUGCCACAAGACCUACGCUGAGCUCAAAGACCUCAAGAACCACGAGCGCUCGCACACAGGCGAACGGCCCUUCUUGUGCCAGGACUGUGGGAAGGCCUUCUCCCGCUCCUCUUCCCUCGCCUGCCACCAGCGCAUCCACGCAGCCCACAAACCGUACCGCUGCAACGUCUGCGGGAAAGGCUUCACGCAGCUUUCCUCCUUCCAGAGCCACCAACGCACCCACUCCGGGGAGAAGCCCUUCCUGUGCCCGCAGUGUGGCCGAAUGUUCAGCGACCCCUCCAGUUUCCGCCGGCACCAGCGGGCCCAUCAGGGCCUGAAGCCCUACGCCUGCGAUAAGUGCGGGAAGGCUUUCCGCCAGCCGGCCGACCUGGCCAUGCACCAGCGCAUUCACACGGGCGAGAGGCCCCACAAGUGCCCCCAGUGCGACAAGAGCUUCGUGGCUUCAUGGGACCUCAAGCGCCACCUGCUGGUUCACUCAGGGCAACGCCCGCACCAGUGCGGGGAGUGUGGCAAGAGCUUCGCCGAGCGAGCCAGCCUCACCAAGCACUACCGUGUCCACUCUGGCGAGCGCCCGUUCAAGUGCAGCCGCUGCGGCAAAGCUUUCGUGGUGUCCUCCAGCCUCCGGAAGCACGAGCGUACCCAUGCUAAUGAGAAUCACGACGACAAGCCCGUCUCCCUGAGCAGCCAAGACCUGCCCGCUGGGGACCAGUCGACCAUUGUCGUGGCCACCGUGAUCCCUGCUUGUGGGGAAUGUGGAGAGACUUUCCCCUCUACUCAAGAACUGCGCCGCCACGAAAAGCUACUCCACCCUGGCUUGCGCCCAUUUCCAUGCCCAGAAUGCGGCAAAGGCUUCUCAGACCGGGCAGGGUUGCGUAAACACGAGCGCAUCCACUCGGGGGUUCGUCCCCAUGCCUGCCCCCACUGCUCUAAGGCCUUUCUGGGUGCCUCUGACCUGCGCAAGCACCUCAAGACCCACAUGGGCCUCGAAAACAGGACCGCUGAGGACACCGUGGUGACGGCCACCCUCACCACCUACGAGCCGCUCCUCCCUGCUCACAUCCACCACCACGAGGAGCCGCCAGAGGGCGACAAAGAGCCCCCCUCGGAUUGUCUUCCUGAAGCUCUCACAGAACCUUCUUAAGCUCUUCUCUGUUUUCUUGCAUUCGGUUAAGCGGCUCGGAGGUAGCUUACCUAAUCCCGGGGGUCUGCCUAUCGUUCUGAGCCUACAGCGUUGCCUCCUCCUGCGUAAUGUGUGGUGGACAUCACUUUUUUCAGAGCCUGUCUUGCGGGACAUGUCUCUUCCUAGGUUCUCAAGCAUUUCUCUGCUAAAAGGGGGGCAGAUAGGCUUCAUAGCCCCCCACCGUUUUCCAUAAGUGGGAGUGGGCUCCAUUUCCCAAGCAACCCAUGCCCUUUCCGUUCAACGGCAGACCAAAACAAAAACUGGUAUUAGGGGGAAACCAUGCUCUUAAAAACAAUGAUACCACACCCCAACCAAUCUGGAAGGGAAAUUAUUGCAGGUGUGGUUAAACACGUGCGUUUCAACCCUACGCUGUUUGUUAUAAGUCCUGCAGCAGGGAUGUGUGGCGCUGUUGUGGUCCGAUGGUUUAAAAUCCUACACCGAAUGUGGUUUUUGGAGAAGGGAAGCUGGAUUAAACUGCAGGAAGAGAGACAAAGCAGGCUCCCGUCUACCUUACUUCAGCUUCCAGGACAAUUCUAUAACUCUGUUUCAUGCUUGUACGAACAGAAUGAAAUAAAAAUCAUGUAAUUUUUUAAAAAAAGAAAAAUAAUACUUGAAGUCUUAUGUGACUUGCACUUUUGUGGCUACAGAAAGCAGAACAGCAUUUACCUCUUUUACUGUAUCUGCUGGAGGUAUCUCCUAUUCAGGAGUCCUGUAGUUUUCUCCUUCUGUAUAAUCCCACAACUGCUUGAGGUUUCUCAGCUCCUCACUGCCCUUCCAGAGAGCU